AUGGAAGCAGACUACUCCGUCUACCUCGUCACCGAUUCAACGCCCGCCAUCCUAGGAGACAAGGACCUCGUCAGCGUGGUCGAGGCCUCGCUCCGAGGCGGCGUGACCAUGGUCCAGUAUCGCAACAAGCACAGCGCCAGAGAGGACGUCGUCGCCACCGCCAAAAAGCUGCACCAGCUCGCCCAGCGCCAUCGAGUUCCGCUCCUGAUCAACGACCGGGUCGAUGUGGCGCUUGAAAUUGGCUGCGAGGGCGUGCACAUCGGACAGGAUGAUAUGGGCCAAUGCUCUUGUCCGCCACUCGCCGCCCUGAGUCUGAUUCCGAUUCCGAUUCUGAUUCUUCUCCUUCUGCCUCGUCGGCAUACUAGUAAGAAGGACACAAAGUCCAUCAUUGGGCCCUCCGGCGUCGCGGGCAUCCUGGCCGCCCUCCACGCCGCAGGCUACUCGUCCACGCCCACCGUCUGCAUCGGCGGCAUCAACGCCUCCAACGCAUCCGCCGUCCUCGCAGGCUCUGCCUCGCCGCACAAGGCCCUCCACGGAAUCGCCGUCGUGAGCGCCAUCGUGGCCGCAGAUGACCCGGCCGCCGUGUCGAGGGACCUGCUGGCCAAGGUCGUCACGGCCAAGAUCCCCCGCGUCGUUGCGGCCGUGGGGAGGAAGAAGCCUCUGUCGCACAACAUGACGAACCUGGUGGUGCAAAACUUUGCGGCAAACGUAGCCCUCUGCGUGGGCGCCAGCCCCAUCAUGUCCAACUACGCCCAAGAAGCCGCCGGCCUGGCCAGGCUCGGCGGCGCGCUCGUCGUCAACAUGGGCACCGUGACGCCAGACGGCCUCGAGAGCCACGUCCAAGCUGUCAAGGCGUACAAUGAGGCCAAACGGCCCGUGGUCCUCGACCCGGUUGGCGCCGGGGCGACCUCCGUUCGCCGCGACGCCGUGCGAAGGCUCCUGGCAUCGGGCACAUUCGCUGUGAUAAAAGGCAACCAAGCUGAGAUCCAGACGGUGCACGGCGCCAGCGUAACCCAGCGCGGCGUCGACUCGUCGUCGUCGCUGACCAUUCCGCAGAGCGCCCGGCUCGCCCGCUCGCUCGCCCGUCAACGGCGGAGCGUUGUCCUCAUCACUGGCCCAACCGACCUGGUCAGCGACGGGAGGCGGACGCUGCGCAUCGACAACGGCCACGAGUACCUGGGCAUGGUUACCGGCACAGGGUGCACACUCGGCACGACGGUGAGUGCCAUGGCGGCCGCGCACGAGGAAGACAUGCUGGUGGCGGCUGUUGCGGGAGCCGUCGUCUUUGGCGUCGCCGCGGAGAUGGCUGCCCAGAGAGACCACGUCAGGGGGCCGGGCUCGUUUGUGCCGGCUUUCUUGGACGAGCUGUUUGCGAUUCGAAAGGCCACAGCAGAGGGCGAUUUGAACUGGCUUGCGCUGGCCAAGGUUGCGGCUGUCGAUGUCGUGGACGAGGACGAGUGA